AUGCAGUUAUCACUGGAUGCCGUUCUAUUGCUCCUCUCCUGUCUCCCCUUGACCAUCGCCUCGAGCGAAGUGAAGCCGCCUCCUAAGCCAUGCACCAUUCACUCGCCUUCCACUGGCUCCUUCUUCGACCUGCGGCCGCUACUGCUGACGGUGGAUGGGACAAAAUACCAGGUUGCAGGCAAUGAAUCCUACCACGUCAAAGGCUAUGACUACCCUUCGAACUUCACCAUGAACUUCUGCGGGCCCGUUGUGGAAGAGUUGGACGAAGUGGAAGGAAUUGCCACCACAAAAGUUGCCAACGUCUCGGCCUUCUACAAAGAUCACCGCGGAGACGUCUAUAGCAUCGGUCAACAAAAUGACCAACCGUUGUUCCGGGGAAAGAAACUGCUCUUGAACUACACCAUGGGCUCACCCUGUCCGGAUCUCGACGAGGCUGGUGUCCCCAUCGACGUGGAUACUGUGGUCUACACCGACAAGAGAAGACGCAAAUCGACUCUGUUGUCCUUCAUCUGCGACACCUCCCCUCUACUGUCUACUCGACCAGCCAUCUCCUUCCUCGGAACCCCCGACCACUGCACCUACGUUUUCGAAGUUCGCUCUCGUUACGCUUGCGGAGGAACCACGUCGUCCGGCGAGAAGGGCACCCUCGGACCUGGCGCCGUGUUCGCGGUGAUUCUCGGUAUCGCUCUCCUGGUCUAUCUUAUUGGAGGUGUCGUGUAUCAGCGCAAUGUCAUGCAUCAACGAGGAUGGAAACAACUCCCCAACUACGCGGUCUGGGCAGGCUUGUUCAGUUUCAUCUCGGACAUGUUUGUCAUUCUGUUCUCUUCAUGCACACGCCGAAUGCCGGGUGGCAUCACGCAGUUGUUCGCUGGCCGCCGAGGUUAUCAUCGUGUCGGAGCAGACGAUACCCGCGGCCCUGGUCGAGGACGCACCCCCGACGACGAGAACAGACUGAUUGACCAGCUGGAUGAGGAGUGGGAAGAUUGA